CGAAGCUGCUACCUGGUGUCAAGCUAGGGUUUGUCAUCGCCGACGCCUGCUCGAAGGAGUCCAUAGCCGCCCUACAAGCUGUGCGAUUUCUUCCCAGGUCUAAUCCAGAGGACUACCUACAGCCCAAAAAUCCGCUCUAUCUACAAUCGUUUGACGUGAUCGGAGUUAUCGGCACUGACCAAAGUUUCACUACAGCCCUAGUGUCGGACAUUUUGAACGGCAACAGGAUCCCCGUCAUCAGUUUCGCCGCCACUGACGACAUCCUGGACGACGAUAAACUCUAUCCGAUACUGUACCGCAUGGUGCCCCCUGACAAGAACAUCGCCCAUGCUAUAAAGAAGUUUUUCCUGUUUCAAAAUUGGUCCCACAUCAACGUCGUCGUCAAUCCGGACGUUUACAAAACAGAGGCAUCUUUCAGUAACAUCAUGGGCAUCUUGUCUCAGAACUUCAAGUGCUUCUCUGCCGUCUUCGAGGUGGACGAGCGUUUCAACUUCAAGAAGAUGAUCAACUCAAUUCUCAAUAGCGAAACCGCUUCCAGAAUCGUGCUUAUCCUCACAGACGAGCUGACCAUGGGCAUGAUCAUUCGGGCCGUCGAGGAGACCCAGUCCGAAGGGAAGCUGCUCUGGGUCGGGCUCGACAAAUGGGUGAAGCUCAUGAUCAAGAAAGCUGUCCCGCUGGGCUCCAUCGGUAUCACUGAUCAGGGCCGUUAUAAAAGUGGAUUUCUGGAGCAUCUUCAACGCGCCGAAGAAAGGAAAGUCAACCCUUGGCUGGAGACAGCGAUAAAUGGCACACUUAACUGCAUGAGCAAGAGCUGCUUUGAAAAUCAAUUAAAAAGACUAAAGGAUAUGCCUAACCUAACGCCGUCCAUGUACAACGCUGUCAUGGUCUUUGCACAUUCUCUGAGCAUAUUCUUAAAGAGAUACUGUAGGACACUUAACGGCAGCAACGCUGUCAGAUGCUUCCGUUCCAAGAGACUUAAGUUUCCUUUGCUCAUAGCAAACGUUUCGUUUGUGGAAGAAUCAGAAGAGAUUAGAUUCACUAAACAUCAUUAUGUCAAUCGGCCGUUCUCCUUCUACCAGUACGUGGGCAGACGGAACAAAACACUAAGAAGCCUAGCCUAUCAAUCAAAGACAAACAAUACUUUGAAGCUUUUGAAUGAUUUGGACUUGACAGUCUUCCGCUUCAAUGUGAGCUACCUGAACAUCAAGUCCUACUGCACGCCCGCCUGUCAGAAACACGAGGCGCACAACUACACCAGCCAUUGCUGCUACACGUGCCUGGCCUGCAAAGGGGACCAGUUCGUCAACAAAAAGUUCAGCACCUGUCAGCACUGCCCGAGCCUUCAUUGGCCCAAGCUGCUCCCCGACAAUGAGACCGAGUGCAGGCCUAUACCGCCUUUCUACUUGAACAUGGAGGACAAAGUGUGCACCUUGUUAUUGGCUUUCUCGUCUGCUUGCACCUUGUUGGUUCUACUCUUUGGCUACUUGUACUGGGCGAAGAGACGCAGCAUCGUCGUCAAGGCUUCGAGUUUCGAGAUCAGCAUCGGCCAGAUGAUCUGCUUCGUCACGGGCUACCUGGCUGUUCCGGUGCUGCUUCUUAAGCCGACGUAUGCUUCCUGCACCAUUGGGGUCCUCAUGUUCACGCUAAGCUUCAACAACUCCUACAUGCUCAUGCUGAUUAAAGCCAUCCGGGUGUAUCGCAUUUUCAAAGCAUCUAUGAAAAUGAAACGCAGGAUUUCCUUUACACAGACCAAGUUUGUUCUUGGAGCAAGUGUUGUGUAUUUUAUCUUUGAGGUGAGCAUAUUUUUUAGCAUCAGCUUUUUCUACCCAAUGACAGUGUCCAUCUACCAGCCUGACGAAGAGGUGGACUAUGUCGAAAUGGCCUGCGUUUUGCCGGACAUCCACAUGGCUUCGUUUCUGACCAUCGACUUCACUCUGUUGACCCUCAGUGGAAUCCUAGCAUUCAAAACCAGGGUGCUGCCCCAGCGGUACAAGGAUAGCCAGGUCAUGACGAUUUGUAUUGCGACCACCACCAUCUCGUGGUCAGCCUUCCUUCCCGUCUUCUUCACCUCCAAGCGCUACGUGACAAUGAUGCUGUCGAUCAUCUUUGCAAUCAACAUCAACCACACCGUUUUCUUCAUCUGCAUCAUUAUCACCAGAACUCUGGAGGCUUAUCAGGAAGACUCAAGUACUGUUCUCUGCUCAACACCUAGGGAAACUGAAUCCAAGGGUCUGGAAUUAGAAGGAUCUAUCCCAUUUUUAAUCAAAAGUCCACACCAGUCAAUCGUAAGAAGAGCCAGCAGCAUUUGAUGAACCACUAGCUUAUAGUAAACCACACAAACGGCAUACAGUGAACUCGUUCUCUUUAUGUGUUGGGACAAAAGUAAAACCUAGUGAGUCUCAAGUACAUAUUGAAACAGGACACUAGCAUUAUAAUAAUUGACUCACCGAUCAACACAAUUUUAAAGAAGUGAAGGCUUUUACACUAUAAGUCUCUAACCAAAAUUUAACACAUUUGUUUUUAUUACCUCUUUUGCCUAGAGCCAAUGGAUUUGCAAAGGGCGAAGAAGUAUUCCCGAGUGUUGAUAAAUUUGAUAGAUUUUUUUAAGUUAAGUUUUGCUAUCCCUCGAUCGCAUGAUCCAAAGGAAUGGUAGACAUUACGUCAUCAUUUUAUGUGUAGAAGUUGCCAGGAAAACGGUGGUAAUGCUAACGCCUCCAAGGGACUUUACUCGUAGUGUUGACUCUAAAAAACGCAGCCUUGGGUGGCAUCAGGGUUAUUGAAAAGAGGCCAUUCGUUAUUGGAGGCCCCGAACACUGACCUGUAACGUCACAACACGGACCUGUGACGUGGCAACGAGCUAUUGGUCUAAACCUGCCCACAGCCUGUGACGUUGCAGAUUAGUAUUGAGGCCUUCUAAAACGAAUAGUCUUGAAUAAAGUAACCAUUACCUCUUCUAGAUCAUUGACCUAACUAGGCUAAUUAUCUCAUUUAUGCAAAGCUAUGAGUUUGUUUUUUUUAAAAGAAGGGGUGCAGCUUAAUGCCUUCAUUUGCAGGAGCAGUUUCAUCAUUCCUAAUUGGUGGUUUAUAUGACCAGGCCUUAGUUCAAUGAGACGCCUUUUAUUUAAUAAUGUCUUGUCUGAGACCCCUGGUCACAUUUCAAGGCAAAACAAAACAUCACACACCUAUGUAAGAUUAUCAAACAUAACGUUUAGAUUACACCAUACACUUGUGUAAGAUUGUAUAACUUUACAGUUAUAUAACAUCAGUAAUUUUAGCGACACCACACUUUUAUGUGUCAUGACACCUUAUCCUAAGGCACUUAUCCUAAAAUCUAUCUUGUUUGGCAAUAUUCACUUCGUUCUUUGUCAAAUAGACUGGGCUGUGGAAAGGUUCAUUGCCAAUUUCGUUGUGUUUUUUUGUUUCAUAUAAUCGAAUUGAAUGCAAAGAUGUUUCUGUAUUAUUUCUUUCAUUGGUAUUGUUAAGAGUUUUAAAACAUUUUUUUAAAAAUCUCACUAAAAUAAAAAUUUUC